AUGUCUUACACUUUGACCGUUGCUGCUAAGGCCCCAGUGGUCGCAUACCCAGCAUUGAUCGCUGCUCAAUUCGUCAAUGCCCAAUCUCAAGACGCCGUCAAGAUCGAGUUUGUUGACGAAAAAGCCGUUGACAAGGCCUCUGCCAAAUUAACCAAAGGUGAUGAAACCGUUGUUGAUGGUGAAAUCUUAACCAAAUUAGCUUCUGCCUUCCCAAAAGCUCUUACCGGUGCUGAAACUGCUCAAGAAUGGAUCAAAUUCGGUGCUGAAGAAUUGACCAUCAAAGAUUUCAAAAAAUUAGCUACUUCAUUAGAAAAACUAGAUAGUCAUUUGAACUAUCGUUCAUUUAUUGUUGGUUAUAAACCAUCAUUAGCUGAUGUUGCCGUUUGGGGUUCAUUAAGAUCAAACGGUAUGGUUGGUUCAAUCAUCAAGAAUCAAGUUUAUAUCAAUGUUUCCCGUUGGUACACUUUGUUAGAAUCUGAUAAAAAAUUUAGUGGUGUUGCUGAAUUAUUACAAAAAUCUGUUGCUGAUUUGAAAAAACAAGCUAAAGUUAAACCAGAUGGUAAAAAAGAAGGUCAUAAAGCCAACUUUGACAUUGAUUUACAAGAUGCUGUUGAUGGUCAAGUUGUUACUCGUUUCCCACCUGAACCAUCUGGAUAUUUACAUAUUGGACAUGCUAAAGCUGCUAUCUUGAAUCAAUAUUUCGCACAACAAUAUCAUGGUAAAUUAAUCAUUAGAUUCGAUGAUACUAAUCCUUCAAAGGAAAAAACCGAAUUCCAAGAUUCAAUUUUAGAAGAUUUAGAAUUAUUAGGUAUUAAAGGUGAUAAAAUAACUUACUCAUCAGACUAUUUCGACCACAUGUAUGAUUUAGCUGUUAAAUUAAUCAAAGAAGGUAAAGCUUAUGCUGAUGAUACUCCAUUAGAAAAAAUGAGACAAGAAAGAAUGGAUGGUAUUCCAUCAGAAAGACGUGAACGUACUGUUGAAGAAAACUUGAAAAUCUUCACUGAAGAAAUGAAGAAUGGUACUGAAGAAGGUUUGAAAAACUGUAUCCGUGCUAAAAUCUCAUUUGAUAAUCCAAACAAAGCUUUAAGAGAUCCAGUUAUUUACAGAACUAACUUGACUCCACAUCAUAGAACUGGUUCAGAAUGGAAAAUGUAUCCAACUUAUGAUUUCUGUGUUCCAAUUGUUGAUUCAUUAGAAGGUGUUACUCAUUCAUUACGUACUAUUGAAUAUAGAGAUCGUAACCCACAAUAUGAAUGGUUCUUAAAAGCUUUAAACAUUAGAAAAGUUCAUAUUUGGGAUUUCGCAAGAGUUAACUUUGUUAGAACCUUAUUAUCAAAACGUAAAUUACAAUGGAUGGUUGAUAAGGGUUUAGUCUCAAACUGGGAUGAUCCAAGAUUCCCAACUGUUAGAGGUGUUAGACGUAGAGGUAUGACUGUUGAAGGUUUAAGAAACUUCGUCAUUUCUCAAGGUCCUUCUAAAAAUAUCAUUAACUUGGAUUGGUCAAUUAUUUGGGCUGCUAACAAAAAAGUUAUUGAUCCAAUUGCUCCACGUCAUACUGCUGUUGUUGAACCUGUUAAAGUUCAUAUUGUUGAUGGUCCAUCUAAACCAACUAUUGAAAAGAAACCAAAACAUAAGAAAAAUCCAGAAGUUGGUGAAAAAGAUGUCAUCUAUGCUUCAGAUAUCUUAAUUGAUCAAGAAGAUGCUGAUUCAUUAGAAGAUGGUGAAGAAUUAACUUUAAUGGAUUGGGGUAAUGUUAUUGUUACCAAAUUAGUUAAAGAAGGUGACCAUGUUAAAUCUAUUGAAGUUAAGUUGAAUUUAGAUGGUGAUUUCCGUAAAACUAAACAUAAAGUUACUUGGUUAGCUGAUACUGAAGAUAAAGUUGAAGUUGAUUUAGUUGAUUUUGACCAUUUAAUUACAAAAGAUAAAUUAGAUGAAGGUGAUGAUUUUGAAAACUUCUUAACUCCAAAAACUGAAUUCCAUACUGCUGGUGUUGCUGAUGUUAAUGUUAAAUCAUUUAAAGUCGGUGAUAUUAUUCAAUUUGAAAGAAAAGGUUACUACCGUUUGGAUAAACAAGCUGAAAAUGGUAAACCAGCUGUUUUCUUCACUAUUCCAGAUGGUAAAACCGUUAGUAAAUAUGGUGCUAAGAAAUAA